AACAAACUGAAUCAGUGCCUGUCCAGCUAACAACAAAUACGCGCUGUAAAUGCGUGCCAGUUACGCUUGUGUUAUCACGUCACACACGUCGCGGUAAAAUCUAGAAAAGCGCCUCCUUGUUGACUACAAUCACGAGGAAAUGAGAAUAGGUUCAUUAUCGAACGUAACAGCCGUGUAGAUUGAAAUUAAGUUAUCUGGACGAUCUACAGUGUGUCAGGCAUUGAUAAAGAAACCGUAAUUUGAUUUAAAACCUGUUUCAGUAAAAUGACAUUCAUCAAAUUACUUAUAUCCGUGCAGUUCGUAUAUUGAUUAACAAAAAUUUUAUCGGUAGUGCAUUUGUUAAUUGAAUUUAAUAUUGUUUAAAAGAAGAUUAAUUUUGAUCUAGAAAAUGUCCAAUUCAAGAAGUUUUACUCGCAACAGAAUUUAUAAUAACAUACUAGAAACUAUCGGUGAUACACCGCUUGUUAGACUCAAUCGAAUUCCAAAAGACUAUGGCUUGGAAUGUGAAAUGUUUGCAAAAUGUGAAUUCGUGAAUCCCGGUGGUUCGAUUAAAGAUCGUAUUUCAUAUACAAUGGUACUGGAAGCACAAAAAUCAGGAAUUGCGAAAUCGGGCACAAGAUUCAUUGAACCGACAUCAGGAAAUACUGGUAUAGGUGUUGCUUUAGCUACGGCUGUCUGUGGAUUCGGAUGCACCAUAGUAACUCCAGACAAGAAUUCAGAUGAAAAAAUGAGCACGAUAAGUUUACUAGGAGCGGAAGUUGUUCAGACUCCAGCCAUGGCACCUUGGGAGAGCUCUGAGCAUUUCUUGUCAGUAGCUAAAAGAAGACUACUCGAAGAUCCGAACGCUAUAUCUUGCGAUCAGUACAAGAACGAUGUUAAUCCUAGAACUCAUUACGAAUACACUGCUGAAGAAAUAUUAGCCUUGGUUCCUGAUGUGGAUAUGAUCGUGAUGGGUUCAGGGACCGGUGGAACGGUGACAGGUGUCGCACAAAAAGUGAAAGAGAAAUGCCCAAAAUGCAUAAUUGUGACGGUUGAUCCUCAGGGCUCUCUCAUAUUUGGUGAAGGGCCUGCCGAUCUCUACUUCGUUGAAGGAAUCGGAGGAGAUUUCGUUCCAGAUGUGCUGGAUAAAAGCGUGAUCGAUAAAGUUGAAAAACCAAAUGAUUAUGACGCGUUUAAUAUGUCCAGGGAAAUAAUUAAAAAGGAAGGAUUAUUAUGUGGCGGUAGUAGCGGAGCGGCCAUGAUUUCUGCUAUAAGGGCUGCAAAAAAACUCAACUUUGGAGCUGGGAAACGUGUGGUUGUCAUUCUGCCUGACGGUAUUCGGAAUUAUAUGACUAAAUUUGUAUGCGACCAAUGGAUGGAAGCGCACCUCUUCAAAGAGCCACCAGAACGUGAAUUUUUGUGGUGGAACAGAUGUAUAUCAAACUUGACCUUAAAUAGAACAGUGCCUCGAUUACUAGAAAACAAUACAUGUAUAGAGGCACUGGCCGCAAUGGGAUCUGAAAAUAAUGUUGCUUUAGUGGUAAACGACGAAGGGUUCUUUAAAGGCGUACUUACAAAGGAUAGUUUGAGAUCCGAAGCCACAAAUCCAAAGAAAGCGGGCCGUAUCGAUUUUAAUGAGCCCGUGAAUCGACACCUUAUCAAGACGUAUUAUAAAAUAGUGGAAAACCGAGGAAACCCAACUGUGGGGUUAGCUUCGAGAAUAUUAGACAUUGCUCCGUUUGUUAUAAUCGUUGAAGCCUAUUAUGAAAACAGUAAUAAAAAACAGUUUAAAGUACAAGCAAUAAAAACGAUAAACAGCAACAUGUCGAACCAUGUGGAUGCUAAAAAUGGCACAUCGAACUCUGCGAGAAAAUUCUUUACACUAAAGGACAUGCCUCACAUUGUAAGGGCACUGGAUCGAAAUCAGAAAGUACAUUCAGAUAUUUUGAAUGUAAUCGGAAACACACCACUGGUGAAGCUAUCCAAAUUACCUAAAGAUGAAGGAUUGAAAUGUGAAAUGUAUGCAAAAUGCGAGUUCCUCAACCCUGGAGGAUCCGUCAAAGACCGCAUAGCUUACCGCAUGUUUCUGGAUGCAGAACAGAAGGGUAUUUUGAAGCCUGGCAAGUCAGUCAUAGUAGAACCCACAUCUGGUAACACAGGAAUCGGACUGGCACUUGCCGCUGCUGUCAGAGGGUACAGGUGCAUUAUAGUGUUGCCUGAGAAAAUGUCAGAUGAAAAAGUAAACACACUUGUCGCAUUGGGUGCUGAAAUAAUCCGCACGCCAACUGAAGCUGCCUGGGACUCACCAGAGAGCAACAUCAUGGUUGCGCAUCGACUCGCUAAAGAGAUACCGGACGCCAUUAUUCUCGAUCAAUACAACAACCCGUGCAAUCCAUUGGCUCAUUACGACGGCACCGCGGAGGAGAUCCUUUGGGCGCUGGACGACGCCGUGGACAUGGUGGUGAUCGGCGCCGGAACCAGCGGCACCAUCUCCGGCGUCGGGCACAAGAUCAAAGAGCGCUGUCCCGACUGCGUCAUUGUUGGGGUCGACCCUUACGGAUCCAUACUCGCCGAGCCUGAAGUAUUGAAUAAAUCUGACGUACAAGUUUAUGAGGUUGAAGGUAUUGGUUACGAUUUCUUGCCGGGCACACUCGACAGAACCGUCGUCGACAAAUGGGUGAAAAGUGAUGACAAAAACUCUUUGGACAUUGCUCGCAGACUCAUCAAAGAUGAAGGGCUUCUAUGCGGUGGCAGCAGCGGCGCGGCGAUGUGGGGCGCCAUACAAGCCGCCAAAUCCCUUAAAGAAGGACAGAAGUGUGUGGUGCUAUUACCGGACAGCAUUCGAAACUAUAUGACCAAAUUCAUAUCAGAUCAAUGGAUGGAAGCCCGUAACUUCAAACCUUUGAUUAAAAACGAUAAAUUAUUAUGGUGGGAUAAACAUUUAACGCAAGAUAUGGUUCGAUCAACAAAAAGUAUAUCGCAUUAUAGCACGACUGCGUAUGCAAUUGCAGCACUGAAAGGAAAUCCUACACCACUACUAAAUGUCACAGAUGAUAAUGGGUCAUUAGUUGGUCUAUUAACUGCUGACAAUGUACGCAAGAAGUUAUCAAAUAUGCUUGCCAAAACAUCAGAUCCGUUGGACAAAUUCUUAGUGAAAAAGUAUUACAAGGUAGACUUAUCGAACAAACCCAGCUUAGGGCUUGUAUCUCGAAUGCUCGACAUCUCCCCCUACGUUGUAGUCGUCAGAUCAGUUUCCUCUGCUGUCCUACCUGUUGGAAUAAUCACAUCUGAAGAUUUACUCUCAGGUAUUCAUUAGAUACCAAACAAGUAAAUGGAAAUUCUUAGUUUGUAAGAAAUGUUAUAUUUUGUUUAAAUGGUGUAGUCUCAAAAUGAAUUGUUUUUUUUUUCAA